CAGAACAGAAUGGCUGCAGAAGUUGAAGAGACACUUAAAAGAAUACAGUCACACAGGGGUGUUACUGGGACCAUAGUUGUCAACAGUGAAGGUAUUCCCAUUAAAACAACUCUGGACAAUUCCACCACUGUGCAAUAUGCCAGUCUUAUUCAUAGUUUGACUGCAAAGGCACGCAGCAUUGUAAGAGAUAUUGACCCUUCUAAUGACCUCAAGUUCUUGCGCAUUCGUUCCCGUAGGAAUGAGAUCAUGUGCGCGCCUGAUAAGGAGUUUCUUCUCAUAGUCAUACAACACGAUGAACAAAGCUAAUAGUAGCAACAGAGGAUUCAUCACAUGUUUGUCAAGCUUCCAGUUGAACCUAAAGGUUGAAUUUUCCCUUUGAUAAGUAGGAAUGGAAAACUCAUGAUUUUAAAGAGAUGAAUGUACUUAAUCCUUAAAAAUGAU